AUGCGCUGUGUGGCCGGCUGUCCGGUGGGCCAUAACACCUCCGCCGGCGGGUGCUCGCCGUGCGGGUCCUCCUGCGCAAGCUGCCCCCUGUCGGCGGAGGAGUGUGUUCAGUGCGAGCGCGGCAAGGUGCUGGCAGGAACGAUGUGUGUCAAUUCCUGCCCGGAGGGCACCUUGGCCCAGGGCGGGCUGUGCGCCGGCUGUGCGGCCUCCUGUGCGACGUGCUUCGGGCCGGCGCGCGACCAGUGCCUGACAUGUGCGCCGGAAUGGCCGCUACUGCUGGAGGGUGCCUGUUUGUCUUCGUGCCCGGAGGGGACGGCCGAGGAUGAUGAACUGUGCGUCCCCUGCCAUGAAACAUGCGCCAAGUGUGUCGGCCCGGCGCGCGAUGAGUGCACCUCCUGUCCGGUGCCCGAUAUCCUGUCCGGCAGCUUGUGUGUCAGUGUUUGCCCUGCCGGGUGGUAUGCACCCCUGGAUGGGGGGCUCAACACCUGCCAGGCGUGCCACCCCGCAUGCAGUGCCUGCUCCGGACCCGGAGAUGACCAAUGCACCGCCUGUCCCGGGGAGCAGCUGCUCGAGGACCAUCGCUGUGUGGAUGCAUGCUCGGCAGGGGCGUUUGCCUGUCUGCGAAAGCGCCAAUGCGAUCGCUGCCCUCCCGGCUGCCGGGAGUGCACACUGGCGUCCGAGACAUCGGACCAGUGCACAAGCGCCUGCGUGGCCUGCGAGCAGGGCCUGCUCCUGCUGGACGGCAAGUGCCUGGCAGAAUGCCCCGGAGGGACGUUUGCCGCCGGGCAGGAAGCCCACUGUCGGCCAUGUGCCUCGGCUUGUGCGACGUGCAUGGGAGAGGAUGACUUUUGCACGAGCUGCCCCGCCGGCCUGUAUUUGAUGCCGCUUUCGGGCGGAUGUGUGGUGGCAUGCCCGGCGAUCGGGUUUGCUCCGAUCCAGGAGCCUGUCAACAUGUGUGCUGCCUGUGCGGCUGGCUGUCAGCGCUGUGCGGCUGGGCCGAGGCAGGCCCAUGCCGGGGCGGCGGAUGGCCGGAUGGCUGCCUCUUCCGAGGCAACCAUCUGCACCCUGUGUCAGGGGCAUUUGCUGCUGGACCGGGACUCGGGCUGCGUCGCCACAUGCGGAGAUGGCUUUUUCGCCGACCCGGAAGCCGCCGUGCCAUCCUGCGUGCCUUGCCCAAAGCACUCCAUUGGCUUGGGAGUGGGUCUGGGCAUGUUGCUGCUGCUGCUCAUCUUGACGGGGGCACUCUUGGUCGUCUUCCUCCGUCGGGCUCGCCGAAAGCCGCAAUCGACCGAGGACACUUUAAAUGAGGAUGCCACCAUGCUCAACACCAUGGUUGAGCUGUCGCUUCCGGGCAGCAUUAUGGUCAAUAUUGCCACGGACUUUGCUCCCCUCGAUGACCGGCCGCUUGGGUCGGGCACCCAGGCGUCGGUGUAUGCUGCGCGUGCUGUCGGGGCCGGUAUUUCCGAUCGCCUCGGUUGCCCGGAGGUUGUGGCCAUUAAACAGCUCAAAGGUCCCGAUGUCCAUGGACACUGA